CUCGAGGCUUGCGUCCGUCGGGCUUUUACACGUGUCGCGCUCCUGCCACUGUAGGCUGGCUGGCUGGCUGGCUACCCUGCUGCAUACAUAAUAAUCAGUGUUUCACAGAGAUUGCCAUACCUCUAUCGAUACAGAUAUACGAUCGGUGCGGAAGAGGACGAGUGAAGCUAGAGUGGAAGUGAUUCUGGAGUGUGGUCCUUUCCGGACAAUCUAAUUCAAUCCAAUCAUCAUCAUCGGCUAACGGAAAAGGCAGAAGCAUUGCAUGGUGCAAAACGAGGUAGUGAGUGAAUGCGGUGACUUAUAUUUGAUGCUUGUUUUUCCGGGAGUGAUGUUUUUCGUGAAGCUUAGUGAAUAGCUCUCGAAGCGAAGAGGUGAUACAUAACACAGCGCAGCCGAAGGAUAGAAAUUGAUAAUUCUUAAUUAAAUAUUAAUCCAAGUGUUCCGAGGGGUGAGCUAGCCGUAGCGGAGCCAAACUUUUUGGCAAGUUCAGCAAGGAUAUAGUGAGGAUAUCGAAUUUUAGUUUUUUCAUCGAGUGGGAGUGAUACUUUUUUGGCAGUGAUCAACAAGGAUUGAAGUUGUAAAUUUGGAAUAAGAAACGGAAUUGUUCCGGGUGUGGUGAAACCUUUUCCUGGUAUUUUGGAUACCGAAAAUCAAUGCUUAGUGUUACGGGUUUCUGCUGCUGUUGAAAUAAACCCAUCCCAUCUACUGAUUGCUCACACUCAGCGGAAUAUGAUGCUAGUGUAGAUAUUGGUGCAUUUUAUUGGAUAGCUAGUGAGAAAGAAGUAUAAUAGAAAAUUAGUUGUUUUAUUGGAAUCCAGAUUGCUUUGAAUGCACCCUGUUCUUGAAAAUAAGUCAUCGUUAUAAUAAGUUACUCAGCAACUGUCGAUGUUUCGAGAAUUAAAUUCGUUAAUUCAACGUGAAUCAAAGUGAAGAUGCGUGAAAUGGAAAUUGUUUGAUAAUUAGGUAUAUUUGUAGUUUCAAGUCAAUUUUGUGAUUUUAAAGUGUAGUGCUAUUAACUAAUUGGCUGAUUGUGUUGUGUCUUAGUGGUACAUUUGCGAAGAAACAAGGCCGUUGAGUACCUUACAACAGGAUUACAUCAUUUUUUUUUAAAUCAGAAGCUUUGUGCUCAAGAACACGGUACCAGGCGUCACAGUUCGGAAGGACUUCACCAAUCAACAACGGGGCGAUAAUCCCGUUUUCCAUUGGAUUACGACAAGCACUGCUGCAGGCAAAGGCCGCUAUCAUGUUACUAUAAUAAAUAAAAAAUGGUAGACGAUCUGAGUUGAUAAACAUGGAUUUCAAGGAAAUAAUACUGCUGCUAUGUUUGGUUUUAACAUUAGCCCGGGCAACACACAAAGAUAAUAAAGGACUGAAUGAAACGUUGAGCAGUUGGAACCCAUCUGAUGCGGAUCCGGAAGAUGAAGACGAUGAAGAGGUACAGAAACGUGCGAAGGCUCAGGGUUGGUCAUCGUGGACCGAAUGGUCAACCUGUUCCAGAUCUUGCGACGGCGGUGUAGCGUAUCAGUUGCGCCGCUGUCACGCUCCCCAUGGCUGCAAAGGAGAUGCCGUGCGGUACAAGAUCUGCAACAUGCAGCCAUGCCCUGAGCAACAGGAUUUCCGGGCCCAUCAGUGUUCAGCGUACGACGACGUGCCCUACGAUGGAGCACUACUCAAGUGGACCCCCCACUACGACUAUUCGGAGCCGUGUGCUCUGACGUGCAGGGGCCGACCUCAACAUUUGCUGGAGGAUAUGCCUGAUUCGGCUUCCGUCAGUGAGUCCUUCCCACCGGUGGUGGGGGACGAUGAACCCAGCGUUAUAGUGCAACUCUCGAACCGAGUGCAGGAUGGAACCAGGUGCCGACCCGGAAGUUUGGACAUGUGCAUCCAGGGCAAGUGUCAGCGCGUCGGAUGUGACCUAAAGAUCGGUUCCACGAAGAAAAUCGACGUAUGCGGUGUGUGCGGUGGCGAUGGUACAUCAUGCACCCAACCUCUGUAUCAAUGGGAGAUAGCACCGAUGUCGCUGUGCUCAGUCACCUGCGGGGGCGGUUACAAAAUGGCCAUGCCAACAUGCAGAAACCGUGUGACGGGCGUGGAUGUUGAAGAAUCGUUGUGCAAUGCCUCAUCACGACCGGAGCCCACUGUAGUACAGUGCAAUACACACCUCUGUCCGCCCAAAUGGGUGACCGAUGAGUGGCGACCUUGUUCCAAAUCCUGCGGAGGAGGUAUCCGGGAGCGAGUUGUCGUCUGUGCCGAAGAGAGCAACGGUGCUAAAAACAAAGUCCCGGACGAGGCUUGCCGGGGCGUUCGACCGAAAAGUCAGGAAACAUGCAAUUUCCAGGAAUGCCCCAAAUGGGUUGCCGGCGAGUGGAGCGGGUGUUCCGUUUCGUGCGGCAGUGGCAUCCAAAUCCGCAGCGUGGAGUGCAUGGACUCCAGUGGCCACUUCAGCAACCAGUGCGACCUGAAAAACAAACCUCCAUCCGGUCACCAGUGCACGACCGGAAUCGGCUGCACCGGUGAUUCGUCCGCUUCGUCAGCUCUGACCGCCAUCAUUUCACCACCCUCGCCCAUCGCGGCUGUGGCCUCAGCGGUGGCUGGCGGCAACAUGGUCUCGUCUCUGAAGGAAAAACUAUCGCACACCGAACGAGACCCCACGCUAAUGACGUACAACGAUCAGCCGUACUAUGCUCAACCACUCCGGCAGGAUCGGCUACCGAAAGCGGAGAAAAUCGUUUCCCAGCGAGUUCCCAGUGAGGCAACAUUUAUCCAGGACACCGAAUGGUCACCGUGUAGCGUCACGUGCGGUGAGGGUAUCCGGCGGAAACCGUUCCGGUGCAAGAUUUUUCUGGAAUUCUCCAAGCGGGUGGCAACUCUUAAUGAUUCCCUGUGUCACUCGUACAAACCGCUGGACGAAGUGGAACGAUGUGUUAUGGAACCUUGCUCCUACUCGCAUAACUUUGAGGAAUCUUACUUGAAGGAUGGCAAUCGACAGAAUUUGGAUGGCAUAAAAGUUCAGGCAGCUGUGCCGGGUAAAACCUACUCUUGGCGGGAAGAAGGCUACACGAGCUGUAGUGCCUCCUGUCUUGGGGGCGUCGAAGAGCUAAUCAUCAACUGUAUUCGGGAUGACACCGGAAAGAUUGUGUCUCCGUUUCUGUGUUCUCCGGAAACCAAACCGGAAGCUCGGAUACGAACGUGCAACGAUAUACCAUGUCCACCUCGGUGGAACUACUCGGAGUUUACUCCGUGCUCGAAAUCCUGCGGGUUCGGGAUUCAAACGCGAGAGGUGACCUGCAUUCACGAAGUUACUCGAGGGGGCGAGAACACCAUGAUCGUGCCGAACAGUAUGUGCACCACCAAACCUCAACCGGAUCGGCAGUAUUGCAACAUCAUCGAUUGUCCUGUACGGUGGGAAGUGUCGGAAUGGAGCAAGUGUUCAAAACCAUGUGGAGGCGGAAUCAAAGAACGACGAGUCGAGUGCAAGCAGAUUAUGGCACAGGAGCAUAAAGUGGAACGACCCGCGUCAAUGUGUCCCAGUAGUAAACCUCCAGACAAGAAGCCAUGCAACACAAAGGCCUGUGCUCCGGAGGAUCAGCGACCUCCAAUCGCUGGCACCAACUCAACUUUUAUUCAGCAUGACCCCAAGAAGAACAAGAUAACUUUGAAGAUCGGUGGUGCAGCUACUGUAUUUUUCGGGACGCAAAUCAAAAUAAAAUGCCCGGUGAAACGUUUCAAUCGUACCAAAAUCCGAUGGAGCAAAGACCAGACUCCACUGAUGAAGUCGAAGAAAAUUAAGAUUUCCAAAAAGGGAGCUUUACGUAUAUUGGAUGUUACAUUCCGGGAGGCAGGAGUUUAUACAUGUCACGCUGGUCUUAGCCAUGCAGAUCUACGACUAUCGGUCAAACCUAAGCCCGGUGGAGUGAUCAACCAGGAUGAAGACAGAGAAAGGCAUCGAGAAGGCGUAGGGUUGAAUGCCCUCAGGGAUCAUACGUACGUUGCAUCUCAAAAUAGAAGUGACGAAAAAGGCGGUAGACGGAAUCGUGAUAGGAAUCGAGGGAAAAACAGACAACGGCAGCCCCCUGAUAUUAUCCAAAAUGCAGAAAGUAGUGUAAUGGAAGACGAGGAGCUAUUGAGAUCCCAUUCCCAAAUGACCGCCCUGGACAGUACGGUCGCAUCCGAUGCGGCAGUAGCGGCCAGUUCCGGCACCCGAACGAUGCCGAUGCCACACUUCCAGCAUCUGCUGGCCAGCCUUCAGUUUCUUUGGCCAUUUCAGACAUUCAGCAACUCGAAAGGCCAUCAGCUGCUAAUGGACCACGAGUACAGCCACUUCGAUUCUGAACGAGCCGAGAAGGACGAACCGGCCAGACCAGUGAAUAUCUACGAGCUGCUCAAGUCCAGGGACAGAGCGAGAUCGAAUGCCAGCGAGGAUGACGAUCCGAAUGUCAAUGAUGAACGAACAGCAGCAGCCUUGGAGAGCAUCGAGUUCGAGUGGAUGACCACACCCUGGUCGGAAUGCUCGCAGACCUGUGGCGCCAAUGGCAGUGGCUAUCGGCUCCGGUCGGUUCACUGCAUGGUGCAGUUGAUCAAUUCGUCCUACACGGUGGACAACAGCCUGUGCGAAGAGGCCGGUCUCAUCAUCCCGGAAACGGUGGAAAAAUGCGGCAAUGUCGAAUGUCCCCGUUGGGUCACCAGCGAGUGGUCUCUCUGUCUGCAGUCCAAGUGUUUCGCUUGGCACACGGCUCUGCAAAAGCGGGAUGUAUUCUGCAAGUUCGGCAACGUGAGCAAUAGCGACAAGUGUGAGGAUCUGGAGAAGCCUGUUACCAAACAGGAAUGCUACAACGAAAUGUGCAAAGGCGUCUGGCGGGUGGAGCCCUGGUCAGAGUGCAACUCUGCAUGCGGUGGCCAGGGCAUCAAAUACAGGAUACUGCAGUGUGUCUGGUACGGUACCAAGAAACCGGCUGGUAACGCAUGUAGGGAUCAGCCUCGACCUGCCGUGAUGAAAGUUUGUAAAGGACCACCUUGUAUUUCUAACCCAUCGGAAUGCAAAGACUUAUCGCGAUACUGUAAAAAUGUAAAAACAAUGGGCCUAUGUAGACUGCACCGUUACCAGCAACAAUGUUGCAAAACUUGUAGGUUUAACAUUUAUAACUAAAGUAUUCCGUGCAGCGACAUCCAGAUCAGCAACUGUAGCAACGGUAAGAUACAGUGAAAUUGAUACGGGGAACCAAAAUAUAGAAAUGCAGUGCAACAGAAGCGCCAACGGCUAAAAACGGUUGGCACUUUCAACAUACUGAUACUACCUACCUAAAAUACAAGAAAACAAAAUCCUACCAAAACCAAAAUGACUUUGUUCGGAGCUGAGGGAAUGCUUUGCUCUUACUGAUAUAGGAGAAAAACUAAAACAGGAGACGAAUUUGUAUUAUAUAUUGACAUGUAUUACAUAAAUUUAAUUGAAUCGAUAAAGAUAACUGAGGGGAAGGCCAAUGAAUGAUACUGAGUAUAUUGGAAUAAUAUGUCAUUUACUGUGCUUUAACCGAAGAACCUUUAUUUAUAAGCAUUGCAAAGAAAAGCAACAGAUGUAAAUAAUUAACUUUAAAAGGAUAAAGAAUUAAAAAUUCGCAACUGAAGAUAUUAGGAUAAUCAAGAUAAAUAUCGAUAGAAAAAUCGAAUCGUACGAAUGGUUGAGAGUUUUGUUUGAACAUCCAAUAUUUUGGCUUUUGGUAAAUUAAUAAACAAAAUCGAAAAAUUGCCAAACACACAACAUGUUGUUAACAACAACAAAAAACGAGAAACCAAACUACAGAAGAGUAUUUUUGAACUUUCAAGCUACGAAUUGUUCCUCCGAGAAGCAAGAUAGUGAAAACGAAACCAGUAAAACCCAUUUGAAUGAUCGAGCUGUUCGAAACCUACAAACAAAACAAAACUAUACGCCUAAGUUCUUUUACGAUACUCAUCUCAUAAUAACUAGAUUUUUAUCACUCAUCCCUCUCGUGCAUUUUAAACCGAACCCCCAGUUUGAAUUACGUCUUAGAAUAUUGGAAACGGAGUCACCGACAAAAUCAUAAAUUUUUAAAAAUGCGAAUCUUGAACAUAAGCAAACCAAACCAAUGCCUAAACCGAUGAAAUAACACACUUAAAAAAACACUUUCGAGUUACAAAUACCCAUACCUUAGUCCAAAUUCUAUGAAACAUCAAAGGUGAUAGAAACAUGCCCUUGGAGAAUGGUCAGUUGAUCGAAUUGGUUCAACAUCUAGAUUUAGUCCAAACUUUACCAAAAUUGUGAUCAUCUUCAAUUAUCCUAUUAAUAAAAAAAAAUAGUGCAUUAAUUGAUUUUGUAUGAAAAUAGUAAUUACAGAAAAAAAUUACAAGAGCCAUAUUCAGUUGAUAGUUUUAUUUGUUUACGGGAAGAAAAGUCUAAGAGCAAAAAAAACUUCAACAUAAUAUUUAAAUAAAAAUACGUCCAAUCCACACUCAGUUACUGGGAACGCCCUGCAUCAUGCAUUGUUUGAAAGUUGUGUACAGAAUGCUUAUGAAAACGAAUAGUAUGUUGAGGAGGUAAGCUAGAUAUGGAAUUUUGUUCUCAACAGGCGGUGAAUGGGUGAAGGAUUGUGUGAUGUGGUGAAAAAAGGAAUGAUUCGAGUCAAUUAGAGAAUGGUGGUUCGGUGGUGAUGAUGCUUUGGAUGAUUGGGUUCCAAAUAGAUUUAUUUGAUCGAGGCAGAUCCUUAGCUGCAGAAUGAAUAUUUAGGGUGCGGAUAAACAUCACUUGAACAGUGUUUCUCAAUCUUUGGAUCACAACCCAUUGUACAAUGAUUUUCUCAAAGGCCAAUAAUCAUUAAAUUUUUAUAAAUGAAAUCAUGUUCCGUGUUCGUCAUUAUAUAAUUUUAGAUAUUUACUUUAAUGUGAGUAACUUUAAAGUAGUGGAAGGCCCAUAACACAACAUUACUUUUUUAUUUAAAAAAAAUAUAUGCCAAUAUCAUCGAUGUACCCAAACUUGGCUAUCCCCUCGAUUCCCCUUGCCAAAACAUUAGCAAAAUAUUAUUAAAAAUACUCAAUUUUAUUAGCACUUUUUUUUUCGUGUUGGGUAUUUUGAUCGCAUGCGACCAGUACUUAGAUCUAUUGUGAUAUAUUCCCCGUUUUAAUAUUGCUUUAUCAGCAUGUCGAAUCACCAUUUUAUGAAGCGACCGACAUAGACUGACCGAAAGCAUUUUCCCAGCCAGGUAUUACAUUUCGAAUGAAUUGCAUUACUUGUCUGGGAACUGAAUUCCAAAUAUCAAAGGGUUCUGUCAGCCCCUUAUCCAGAAAAAUACGCCUCUUAAUGAAGAUUGCUGUACAAGAGCAUAGCAGGUGUUCAGAGUCUUCUUUUUCUAUGCCGCAUAAUCGACACAUGUCAUCUUGAAGUUUUCCUAUUAGCUUCAAGUGAUAUUUACAUGGACAGUGCCCUGUUAUUAAACCAGUGUACAUACUGAGAUCUUCCUUUGAUAGUUCAAGAAUUUUGCUAGUCAUUGAAAUAAUCGGAUUAAUAAACCGUUUCGACUGCCUAGCAAUCAGAGUGUUGUUCCAAUUGGUCUCCACUUUCAUUUUUCCCAUUUUUCCAACUCCAUUAUAAGAGAGCAAGCAGAAGCUCCACAGAAUGGUUCUGGUCCUAUAAGUUGUUGAGAUGAUCCAAGCCUAGCUAGUGUGUCGGCUUUUUCAUUCCCUUGAAUUCCACAUUGACCAGGAACCCAAAAUAGGUUCACUUGGUUUUAGCAGGCCAAUUUUUGGAGUGACAUUGCACAUUCCCAUACAAGUUUAGAAUUACAUGUUGCUGAUUUCAAAGCAUUUAGUGCUGCUUGGCUAUCAGACAUAAAGCAGAUAUUUGAAUGUCUAUAAUUCCUACACAAGCAAAUUUGAGAACAUUCAAGAAUUGCUUGGACUUCUGCUUGGAACACGGUAGGCCAGUAGCUCAUAGAUAUUGAUAUAUUUAUACCUGGACCUGUUACCCCUGCUCCUACACGAUUAUCCAAUCCAGUGCCGUCUGUAUAAAAGACAAUUGAUCCUUUACCUACCGAGCUAAGCGAGGCCACUCAGAGCUCAGAAGUUCUUGUGGAUUUACUUCAUUUCCUUUAAUUUUGCGAAUUUUGGGUGUAACAAUUGUUUAUAUAUAUUUUUUUCAAAUGCUGCACAUUUUCGAAGAUCUGGAUUUUUUAAAUGCUGACACUUCCUCAAAGUCCAAGUACUCAAGCUCCGAAGCAACCGAAUUAAUCCUGUACAAACUACACAAUCACACACGGGUUAAUUUUAGGUUGAUCAAAAAAAUAAGUCCUCAUAAUUUCAACAGUUUAGUGAAUCAGCUGCAGUUAAGAGAAUCAACCCAAGAAGCAUCAUCAACGAACACACAAAUUAAGUGUCAUUUUUGAAAAAUGCUUGGUAUUUUCUGAACAAGAAAAAGGAUAGAAUUUUCUUUAACAAGUCCUUUAAUGUCGAAAUAUAUCACAGCAGCUGCAAAUAAGUUCACUACUGAUCGGCAGAAUGAGCAUUAGGGUGCUUCAUUUUGGAAAAUGUAUUUGCAAUCUAAUAGGUCACUCUCUAGUAUGAUUCAUAACCCCAAAUUUGAGCCUUUGCAGAAAACGGUAAAGGUAGAUGAAGGCUCAGAGAUCGCGCAAGUGGUUUGAAGUUUGUACGCAGAUUAUGGCAAAUUAUUAAUUUUUGAAAAUGCCAACAAACAAUUUUAGCUGCAGAUUAGCUUAAACAAUCAUAAGCCAAUGUUAAAAUUGUUAGUUUAGCUGUCACCGAAGCUGUCACUCUAUCAGAAUGCUGUCAAAAUUGAAUCAGUGCAUGUUUUGAGCCUGAAAUUGAAACUUUAGACUAAAAGUCUCUUCUACAAAGUUCCUUAUAGUUAGGUCCUCAUUUUUAUGACAAUGAAUUCUAAGGUGGUUCUUAUUAUCAUUGAAAUCAAAAAUCUAACUUUUUUGUUUGUAGAAAUUAAGGUAUACAUUUUUUGGAAAAGUUGUAGCUGAGCUAAUUUCAAGCAACUUUGUAAAAUGAACUUUUUUGUAUCUCUUAAAUUGACCGAUAUGGAGCUAUUUUCUUGAAUUGAGUUAGGGUGUCUCUGAAAAGUUUUGCUGCACAAAGCUUGUCGAUAUCUUUCGCCGAUCAAGAGUUAUUGACGUUUUUCUACUAAAAAUAUGCCAUUUUCAAAUGCUAAUAUCUCUGGUUGAAGCAAACAAAAAAAAAAUUCACGCCAUUAUCAAAAUAUGAAAAAUUAGAGGGCUGUUUUUUUUUAAACUACUACUUUUUUAUUUCAAAUUUCUCAUGAAAGUCAUUUUCUAGAGACUUUUAAAGCUCUUCAAGACGAAUGGUUUAUUAAGAAUAACAUACGCCCCUUCAAAUGCCGUAAGAAAUCAUUUUUUUGUAUUGCCCCAACCAGAGAUAUUAAAAUUUGAAAAGGGCAUAUUUUUAGUAGUAACUCUUGAUCGUCGAAAGAUAUCGACAAGCUUGGUGCCGCAAAAAAUUACGCCUUCUAAAGAUCUAAAAGUUAUUUCAAGACACCUUUGCUGAUAAAUUUUAAAUAAGAAAACAAGAACAAAACAACUGUUUCUUCAGAGACACCCUAACUCAAUUCAAGAAAAUAGCUCCAAAUCAGUCAAUACAAAAAAGAUACAAGAUACAAAAGAUACAAAAAAGGUCUCUUUUAUAAAGUUGUGCAGUGGUUGCCAUGACAACGAUUUUCAAGGCUGCCGUAGUUGUGAUGAAAUUGGUGUUGUCAGGCACAUAUUUAACUUUUACCGAAGAUAACAUAUCCUGUGUCUGUCGCUCGGUUUCAGGCAAAGUUGCCAGUAUUCUUGAUAUGUUGUCUUCGCUAUUACCCUAUUUUGUGAUGUUUUCACUUUUUUAACUUUCUUCAAACCAUUUGCGUGACCUCUAAACCUUCAUUAAACCAUUGUUUGCAAAGACUAAUACUUUGGGUUUCUGAAUCAAGCUGAAGAGAGGACAUACGUUUUACAGAUCGAAGUACCCUAAUAGGCACAUGCAAAAUAGCAAUUUUUACCGAAGAGAACAAAAGCCAUGUUAGUUAGAAAAUAAAUCUAUUAAAUUGUGAGAGUAUAAAAUACGAGUAAAUAACUUUAAUUUAAACUACAUACAAGCUAAACAAAGAAAGUUAUAACAAAAAACUAGUUCGAAACGAUGAUAAGCAAAGGAAGGAUGAAGAAUUGUAAAUUGAAUUAUUAAAAAUGCAAAAGCCAUAAGGUAAGGUAGGACAAACACUUUUAGGAUAGUAAGAAAAUCACUCACACAGACACUGAACAUACUAGCUGAAUUAUGUUGAUAGUACGAUUUGGUUCAUCUUGUUUGUAUAUUUUUACUUCGACUGAUAGGCUGACAAAACAAAAAACAUAACUCGUAAAUCAUUAUCGUAGCUUGGAUUGCUUACUUUAUAAAUUAAUUAGACCAAGAUAGCUACACUAAGCAAAAUACCUACCAAUCCCACAAGCCUGAGUACCAAAUUUAAACAAAGCCUGUUAGGAAGAAUUUAACCGGGAAGGAAGCCUUUGACUAGCGAACCUUAAAGCUUUUGAAAACACCCACACACACAAAACAAAAUCAACCGUUAAAACCGUUUUGACUGCGAGGCAAAAGAUUUAAUGAUAUAAGAUGACGUUGAGAGUGCAUUUAUGACGAUAAUGUGAUAUUUCAUCCCAAUUGAAAAUACGAACCUGACCCUGGAAUGCAAGAAGCCGAACGCUACGCAAAGAUUAACCUAUUGAGAAUAUAUUUUUCCAGUGCAAUGUCCAUCUUUCAUAAACAGCCAGUAAGUUUAAUUUAUGCUACAAAUCCAAUCAAUCAACGCGAAUUAACUUAACCAAAAAAGAAGCUACCGUUAAACUCAAUAUAUUCUGAUUGAGGGAUGAAAAGUUCUGAACGAGCAUCGAAAGCGCUUACAAGCCCCAAUUUGGCAAAUUUACCUUGGUUUCUGUUGGAUAUUAUGUAGCCUCAUGCGCCAUUAACGGAGGAAUGAACGGAUACAAAAGCAACUAUUUAUGAUUACUAUACAUUUCACUGUACUAUGAUUAUCAUUAAAACUACAAUUAUAAAUAUAAAUAAUAGGAAGGUUAUUAGUUAAACAAGAAAAAAAAACUUAUAACAAUUAUUGAA